AAAUAACAAACCUGCUAGCUCAUGACGGCUAAUACGUUUAUUGUCUACACUAGCCAUUUCAAAUGUGUGAAACAUGAGCUAAUGGAUAUUUGAAAGAGAGUUUGGCGACCUUUCUAGUUAUAUACAGAAUAUGUAAUGGCUAGACGUCUAUGCUGUGGUUGAUAAAUGUGAAUCAGCAAACGCGCAGUGUGAGCUAACGCAGUCGACUGUCACGCUAUUGUGGUGUGAGUAGUGCGACGUUAGCUUGCUGAUGACUUUGAGUUAAAGGCAAAUAGCAUGUCUUAAAACGGGUUCAAAGUAGCCGGACAACCAGUUAAACGUCCAGCACGUGACCCAACGGAGAUCGGAUACAUUAUUAAAGGGUCAAGUUCACUUACUGACCGCGAAGCCGUUAACUCGCCAUCGUUUCGUCAGAAUGAAGAUGUUCUCGGUGUCUCACAAGACUGUCUUUGUAGUGGACCACUGUCCGUACAUGUCUGAGUCCAGUCGUCAGCAAGUAGAAUGUGAUGUGCUGACAAAGACUCGAGCUCAGGGAGUCAUUCCUUUGGCUCCAGUGUCCAAGUCCCUGUGGACCUGUGCUGUGGAGUGUUCUAUGGAGUACUGCCGGAUCCUCUACGACAUUUAUCCCAAGGACAAACUGGUUAAUUACAUUGUGAGUGAUUCAGAGUUCCACAUACUAAAUACGUGGAAGCGAGAGGAGCAGGGCACUCAUGAGCUCAUGUCUGGUUUAGCAUCUGUUGGGCCACCUAACCCACAUGAGGACCCUGAGUGUUGCAGCAUUCUGCAUGGGCUGUUUGCAGCUGUGGAGUCCUUAUGCAUCAUCACAGAGCUGCAGCACGAGAGGCGCGCCGCUCUGAUGGACACAGCUGAGAGAGUGGCCAAUAGAGGUCGAAUAAUUUGCCUAACUAAUGCUAAAAGUGAUACUAGUGUCCGCAUGUUGGAAGAUUAUGUCCAGGAAACCAUUUUGGAGCAAAAUAAGGUGGCAGCAAGUUCAGACAGGCGGAUGGCCAUCCAGCAGUGUGAGUUGGUUUUACUGCACAUCUACCCCCAGGGCGAGGACACGCUGGUGUCUGAUCGACCCAAGAAAGAGAUUUCUCCACUGCUCACCAGUGAGGUUCACAGUGUUCGUGCAGGCAGGCACCUGGCCACCAAACUCAACAUUCUGGUUCAGCAACACUUUGACUUGGCCUCCACCACCAUAACAAAUAUCCCCAUGAAGCCCACAUUAAAUGUUUGCGAACAGGAAGAGCAACACGCCAACACCUCGGCCAAUUAUGACGUCGAGCUCCUCCAUCAUAAAGAUGCUCACCUAGAGUUCAUUAAAAGCGGAGACCUGCACAUGGCGGGCACCAGCACUCGAGAAAACACGCUGAAAGAGACCGUUACGCUGAAAUGGUGCACCCCGCGAACCAACAGCAUAGGUGGGAAUGAGCUGCAUUACUGUACAGGAGCCUAUCGCAUCUCCCCCACAGACGUUAACAGUCGUCCAUCAUCAUGUUUGACAAACUUUCUGCUUAAUGGUAGGUCAGUGCUGCUGGAGCAACCCAGGAAGUCUGGGUCAAAGGUCAUCAGCCACAUGCUAAGCAGCCAUGGUGGUGAGAUCUUCCUUCACGUGCUCAACAGCAACCGCUCCACUCUUGAAGACCCACCUUCUAUCAGCGAGGGCUGUGGAGGAAGAGUGACAGACUACCGCAUCACGGAUUUUGGUGAAUUCAUGAGGGAGAACCGACUGACUCCAGUUUCAGAAUAUUUCAUUGACUCCUUCGAGAAGCUUCCAGUUGAGAGGGCCAAAGCUCAGCUAGAGCGACACACUCGAUACUGGCCCAUGAUCAUCUCCCAGACCACCAUCUUCAACAUGCAGGCAGUUGUUCCUCUUGCCAACCUGAUAGUGAAGGAGACUCUGACUGAAGAGGAUGUUCUGACCUGUCAGAAGACUGUUUACAACCUGGUGGACAUGGAAAGAAAGAACGACCCUCUCCCCAUCUCCACUGUGGGAUCCAGAGGCAAAGGCCCCAAGAGGGAUGAGCAGUAUCGCAUCAUGUGGAACGAGCUGGAAACAUUAGUGAAAACCCACGCUGCAGCCUCUGACAGACACCAGCGAGUUCUGGACUGCAUCACUGCCUGCCGCAGCAAACCUCCAGAGGAGGAGGAAAGGAAGAAGAGAGGGAGGAAAAGGGAGGACAGGGAGGACAGGGCAGAGAAAAACGGCAGCAAGGAAACAGAUGACAAAGGUUGGCAAGACUCAGAGAGGCUCAAGGGUUUAAUAGAUAAAGAAGAUCAGGAGUCAGAAGUAAUCAAGGAUUCCCCAGACUCUCCAGAGCCACUCAACAAGAAGCCUCGUCUUUCUACAGAGGAGGUUCAGCCUCCAGAGAGAGCAAAAGGUCCCGUCUCGCUCCUCACCAUGUGGACCAAUCGAAUCACUGUAGCCAAUUCCAGGAAGCACCAGGAGUUUGUUGGAAGGGCGAGCUCAGUCAACAACAAGUUUGAGUUGUACCAGCACCUGAAAGAUGAGAAUGGGAUGGACGUCCAUGAAAAUGGGAAAGCUUCCAGAUGAUGUAUCCACAUGGUCUCAUGCUUCAACUUUUUUUAUGGAUCAGUGUUUUCAGACUUUGGUAUCUUCUCCAAAACGAGGAAUGAAAUGGACAUUGAUCUUUAAUGGAUACAUUUAUACUUUUUUUUACCUAUGAUUUUGUAGAUAAUACAGUUCACAUGUUGUGCAACACAAUAAAUGAUGUCAAUAAAAAACUUUGAUGUUGGCUUUUGCACAACAACAACCUA